UAUUGACAUUGUUUAAACACAAUCCCACAACAAGCAACAUACAUAGUGAUGUUUUAUAUGAAACAAUAUUGAAAGAAUUCUUGAAGGACAGUUUCUCCAAAAAUAAUCUGAAAAGAUGUCUGAGGCCGCCCCGUCAGGAUCAGCUUCUGAGUUUGCAGCUAGUGAGAUGCCGCCUUCAGUGGGCCAAGCAUCCCCGGGAGGCUUCCCUCCGUACCCGCCAUACGCCACAGAGCCAGCGCCGCCUUCUGUGGCUGACACCAUCAUGGCGGGUCGAGAUCUUCGCGUUCAGCACAAGCAAACCCCCAAGAGAUAUGUAAGACCGCCGCCAAAACCAGCCAGACCCAGAGGACCAAAGGCAACAGAUGUGAAGCUGUCAGCUCGGGCUUCUCGAGCUCAUGCUCGCUGUUUGCGUCGGCACGGCGCCGUGCUAACUGAUCGACUUGAACGAAUGGCCAAGCCGCUUAGAAGAAAUAUUAUUUACUUAUGGAGAGAACAUGCAGAAAUAUUACCACCUGACACUAUUUCUCGUUUGCGAGGUAUGUUGGAUGCUGAUGAACCUUUCAAACCGGAUCAGGCCUACGAAUACUUCGUCAAUCUACGAAAGACUAAGAAGAAAACUGCCAUAACACGGGGAGUGAAUCAAGUCAAGAAGGACAUGUUGGCUAUGUGCGAAGACAAGCGGUUCGUGUGGGCUCGGAAUGCUACAGUUGCUUUCGCUCGUGGAAUCCAACAACGACUGUCAAGGCCUGGUGCCUAUGCUCUAGCAGACGGGAUGUUGCGCUUAUCAAAUAUUAUAUUGGAUGACAUUUGCUCGCACAUGCACACCAGGACUCCUUCCAGACGCUCUCAACAUCCUAAAGCGAAGUUUCUGAUGGAGAUGUCGGAUAAAGUCGCUGUUUGGAUCGACGAAAUCCUGGCCGAAAGUGAAGACCGCAUGUUGAUGAUGGACUUUGAUGAAGAUGAAGAUUUUUUGGCAGCGGGUGAAGCAGGAAACAUUGGAUUCACAGACGACUUCCUUAACAUGAUGGGCGAUUCCUUAAAGCAAACUAUUUUUUUUUUGAAUUUUAAAGGUGAGAUGCUCGAGGCCUUCAUGAUAUUGAUCGAUUCAAUGUAUCAGAAUUCAAAUGAGCAGUUGUUGUCACACGGAAAAUUUCAACAAACAUACGGAGAGGCCGCCGACGAACUGAAACAAGCGACGGACUUCGAGGCUACAGAGUUCAAUACUACAUUGGCAAAAAAGUUAAAAGAAGAUCUCGCCGCUGUCGCUAAACCAAACACACCGGAAAAAAUUGAACCAUUUAUGAAAGAUAUUGUGGAUAUUUGUUCAAAUUAUUUGGCACAAAACGCAGAGUUUAACAAGGACAAAGGACCUGCAUUUCGUUUAUUGGUGAAGGCUAUGCAUGGAAAAGGGAACGAACAGCUAUAUGAUAAAGGCAAAGCGAAACGCACUUACAGCGAAGGGGCGACAGAAUUGGAAAAAUCGCGUGGUUUAGAAAGUGACCACGACGACCCUAACUUAUCGCAAGAAAUUCAUUCAAAUCUUUCCAAGCUGGUUGAUCAACAAACACCAGCAGAACUGAAAACAGAUAUGACGGAGACGUUAGAUAUAUCUUCUAAGUAUUUAUCCCAAUGUGCGGUGGACCAAAUUGAACGCGGUCCGGCGUUUGACAUUUUGAUAAAAGAAUUGGAAAAUAACGGAGGAGAAGCAUUCACUCCUGAUUUUGAAGUGUUAUCUUCAAAAUUUGCUGCCGCUUACGUAUUAAAGUCAGCCCCCGGUCUAAGUGGGGUCAAACCGGACCCCAAAACCGCACCUUUGUUCGCGGCUGAGCUCCAUAAGGCAGUCGCUACAGUCACACCGAAGGGUUUGGCUAACGAUAUGCAAGAGGUUGUUGAAAGAUGUGCAAAUUACUUGUCCGCCUUUGUGAGAGAUAGAGACAAGGCUGUGCAAUCAUUAAUCAAGAUGAUGAAAGAAAAUCCGAGUAAAGAGCUUGCCAAAAGGGACAACUAUUCAAUGAAUUAUGGCAAGGGCGCUGAGGAGAUUCAAGCAGCGCCUGUCCUCAUUCCAUUUACGCCGAUAAAAGAUAUUGCUGACGAAGCAAAAGUCAAGUUACACAAAGACAUGGAAGCUAAUACACCACCUGACAUGAAACUGCCAAUGCAAGCUGUGAUACAGGACGCAUCCAAAUAUUUAUCGCAGCCGACUGCACUCAGAAGUGGUGUGGCUGGCGAAAGAUAUCCUUUAAACUUCUUAUCGGCAGCAAUGAAGUCUCUAGGGUCUAGACCGUUGUCCAAAUACAAAUCGUAUGGGCAGACUUAUGAUGAUGGCGGUGAAACAUUAAAAUAUGUCGGUCCGUUAGAGUAUGAUCCUAAAGCCGAUGAUUUAAAAUAUCAAAUAGCGUCCGAAUUGCAACGCGGAGUUCCAACUAGGGUGGCGCCGACAAUCACUUCCAACAUUAGCAAUACAAUGGACGAUGCAAGUAAACAUUUAGCGAAGGUGGCUUACGAAAAAGGUGAAGCAUUAGAACAUUUAGUUAAUUUGAUGAAAGAAGAAGGUGAAGCUCCUUUAGGAAAAAUACAAGGAUACCAGCAGACUUACAAGGAUGGCGCCAGGAGGAUAGAAAAUGCGCCCACGUUGGCGAACGAUAAGGUUGAUAAGGGUGUAUACGAAUCUGUGAGGAGAAAACUAACAAAUCUAACAGAAAAGAAACCGGAACCAGAGCUGGCUAAGCAAAUGCCCGAAAUUGUCGAUGAGUCGUCUAAGUUUUUGGCAGCUCCUUUUCCUGAAAACGAACAGGAAAAGAGACAGGUUCUAGCCGACCUCAUGGCGCGGAAAGAAAAUGAAAUAUUGGGCAAGGACGGCCUCUAUAAAAUAACGUAUACCGAAGGUGGUGAAGAAAUAUUGAAGGCACCGACCGGAGACAUUAAGGCUAAAGAUGAGACAAAAAAACAACAAUUACUGCAAAAAGUUAGGUCUGUUAUACCGGAUAAAAAAUUACAAGAUGUGUUAAAAGAGCCGGCAAAUGAAGGGUCAGCCCAUCUAUCUAAUCUUAUACCGGGAAGAGCCGCUGCAAUGAAAGUUCUACAUGAUGGAAUGAAAGAAGACAAGGAUGCAGACUUUCUCACUGUUGGCAAAUUUUCUAAAACUAACGGUCAAACGGCAGACAUGUUGGCAUCAGCAGAACAUUUUGGGGGUCAAAAUCCCUCCCCAAUUUUAGUCGACAAAGCAGAGGAUAGUAUGAGAAAAAUAUCAACUGAAAAGGCUUCUGGAAUAGCGAAAGAUUAUCUACCCGAAACUACGGACAUCUCUGUAAAAUACAUAGCUGGGGUUGCAACUGAAGAAUGUGGUUUGGAUGCAAAAGGUCUCGCAGACUGGAAAAAAUCUGGAAAAUCGAGUCAAAAAGUACAAGCGACCGGAGAAUCUGAUGAAGAACGAAGACGGAGGGAGGAAGAAGAUGCGGUUGCGAGAAGACGGCGAGCAAUGAAAGGAAUCUCUGGUGGGAGGAGAGGUGAUGGUGAGUUUGAUCCUGAGCGUGAGGCGGCCCUUGGAGUACUCCACCGUCAGCUAAAGUCCCGUGGAGGCGAGGUUUUCUAUAAACAACCGCAUGCAGAGCUCACUCACACCCAAGCUUCUGAUUGGCUUUCUAUGAAACCCCCGAUGAAAGUUGAUAAGUCUGUGAAAGAAUCCGGUGAUACCGCUCGUCUACAUAAGAAGUUUGAGAGGAAACUUAAUGUUCUCGUCAGUAAACAUACCCCCGACGAGAUGUACGACGCUAUGCAGGAUGUGGUGAUCGAAUGUUCGCGGAUUCUGUCCGAGUACUUCGUUUCAAAGAGUUAUAAGGCUUUGGUACAAAUUGCUCUUAUAUCAGAAAUGCAAAAACGAGGAAAUGAAAUUCUUGUAGAGGUUGAGGGUGCCGCGGAAACAUUCUUCUUUGCAGCACAAAGGUUAAAGAAAGCGAAGUCAUUGGAGGUGAAAGAGCCGUGUUCCCAAGUGUCCUAUACCUUGACGAAAAAGUUGGAAGAUAUGAUAAGAUGCAGAUCAAUGGCACGCAAAUUGACCUCGGCGAUGAAAGAUCAUAUUAAAGACGCCUCAGAUUAUUUGUCAGCGUGUGUAACUAAACCUGAUCAAGAAAUUGAAGCUUACGUGUCGCUGCUAAAUGAAAUGGAGACUGCUGGGGAAAGCCUUUUAAUUAAGGGAAACAUACCAAAGACUUAUAAGGAUGCUGCUUGCUAUCUACGACAGUUGACAUCUUAUGAAGAUCAUAUAGGACUCCCCAAUAGUUCGUUGCAAUCAACAACAGAGGGAAAGCUUAAAACUUUAAUGUCGAACGAUACUACAAACAAAAGUGUUAUGAAUAGUGUGAUAUCUGAUUCCGCUCGUCUUCUCGUGUCUUACAUAAUGUUGCAAGUAAUAAAGACUGAAGCAUUAAAAGUUUUAAUAGAGAAUAUGGAUAAGGCGGGAAGCAAUGUUCUGUUACGGCACGGUACUCUUAGAAAGACUUAUAGUGACGGCGCCGAUUUAUUACGACCCAAGACGGCCGAUGAAAUAAACGUGCUUAGCGCAGAUCCCGUCGUGGCUAGGAAAAUACAAAUAAAAUUACGGAAUAUCAUGUAUUCAUGUACACCAGAUAAAUACAAGGAAUACAUGGAUGAUGUGAUAGAAGAUGCGACCAUGUAUCUAGCAGUUCACUUCUUACAACCAAAGUUGAUCAAGGUCUGCAAAUGCAUGAAGAAUGUGUUCGUCCAAUGUGAACUUUGGUGCGACGAGAUUCUCCGUCGUGUAGCUCGUCCGUGUUGCACAUGUUCAAGGCACGUGUCGGCGCAGGCUCUUGCGGAGCUGGUGGGACUGACGGGCGGUGCACAACCUUUACGGAUCAGCCCUGGGUCUUCGAGGGCUUUUGCUCCCGGGAUUGAAAUGUCCAUAACUCAGUGCCCGUCCAAACGGAGUGCAUUACAGAAAGCUCAGAGGGGACCGUGUCCCGCUCCUGACAAGACAGAUGAAUGUAAUAUCACAACCUCAUACCUUCUAUAUUCGACGGAACCCACCGGGCGUCACCAUUUUAAUAAAUAUGUUAGUAAGCUGGAGAGUCCGACCGCUGACUAUUUUGGCACAAAUGUUCCACCGACAACACCAGCUCCAUCCGUCGCGAAAAUCCUAACUCAAGAAAUACAAACUAUAAAUACAUGUGAGGAUGCUAACAAGAUGGAACAGGAGACUUCAACGCCCUCCUAUUACACUCCAAUGAGCAAUAACUUGGAAUCAGUAUCCACGAAGUCAGAAACACAAUUUUGGCAGACACCAACAACAAUGUUUGCAAAAGUACACCCUAAUAUCGAUUUAUCACAUAUUCCAUCAACUAAGCCUGUCAGGGAGUCGAGAAGGUUAUCAGUGUCAAAACGUGGAUAUAGUUCUAGAGCGCCAAUCGUAACUACUGACGAAAUGAGUGAUUGGCAUGCAAUGAUGGUAAGUCUGAUGUGGAACGUUCAGGCUUGGCGUGAAUGGAUACAAGAGAACAUAGACCGCGCCAUCAAUUAUGAGAGUCAACCCAAUCUUACACCAGAACAAGCGAAGCAAUCUUGGCAUACAUUUCAAAGGAGGAUUGCAACAGAAUCUCUUCAAUGGAGACAAUAUAACAAUUUUAGCCACCAAUUGACUCUUCGUUUGGCUUUAAGAUAUAGGGACAAGAAAAUUGUUUCGCCAACACGAGCUACAGUAAAAACUGAAGCCUACAUGGAAUGUCAGGAAGAGAUGUUGGAUAUCAUCAAAAUGUUUCAUAGAUGGACUCAAUGGAUCACAUUAAUUAUUAAAGAAACUGAUGAUAUAAAAAGCACCGGUGAAUCGGAAUUAUAUUUACAUGAAUUAAAGUGGAGACAUUUCAAGAUGAAGGUAGAGGAAUAUAUGAAUGAUUGGACUAAGUAUAACACUCAUUUAAAAGGUUGCUGGGAACAAAAGUACAGGACACUCAUUGAAGAGUGGUUACCGUCGUGGGGCGAGCCCGGCCCAGUUUGGGUGGUAAGUGCUUGCGGAGCUGUACCAAGUGGUGCGGUGGCGGCUGGAGUGUACGACGGGGAAGUUAUCUGGCUAGCGAGAAGCACACACAGGUGCAACGUUCUACCAGCUGCCUUGCAUCCCUCGAAGCAUUCUUGUGUUAUUUACGCGGACGGAGCUGUGCACUAUUAUACAAAAUACCAAGUGAUGUGUAACGCUAAUGUAUCGUGGGUUGCUUGGAGGGCGGAGACGGUUGUGGAGGAAGCGUCUACGGCGGGGUCCAUGGCGGCCCGCGCUGUGAAAGUGGCACCGGGGGUACUUAUAGGGCGAGUUCACUACAGAGGUUCGCAUCUCGUAGGUGCGGUUCAUGCACCAGCCAACCGCUGUCAUGUUGUAAUAUUUGGACGACCCUUCGCCUUCAACUGUUAUGAGCUAUUGGUUGAGGCUCAAGAUGACUGACAUGCAAAAAUUGCGUUUAGGUUUAGUUGUAAUUAUAAAAACUGUUUAUAUUUAAACAGAGAAAUUUUGAGAAUGAACUCGAGAAUCGUUCUCCUUAUUCGCGGACAUUUUUAUCUCAGAUUUUUUGCCUUUGAUUUUGUGGAAUGUGAAUUGUUAUGUUGCAAUGAAUUUGUGUAAUAUUUUUGAGGUUUGAUAUGGUAUAUAUAUAUAAUGUUUUUGAGGGGUUGUGAAUUU